GCAAUCACAUUGAAACAUACAAAAUUCUUCCAGACUUUACAGCGAAAUAUGGGGAUGAUGCCUUGUUUGGGUGGGGUGUCUUGAACCUGGGAUCACAGUCUCAGAAUAAGUGGUCACCUAUUCAGGACAGGAUCAGUAGUCGCAGAAAAUGGACGACUUCAACUUGCACUACAGGUUCCUAAAUUGGAGGAGAAGAAUAAGGGAAAUAAGAGAAGUACGCGCAGUUCGCCAUCAAGAGAGGUACAAGCGCAUUCUUGUUGAUGGAGACAUAUUGAGCUACCAUGGAAACUCAGAUGAAGUUGGCUGUUACGUGGCCCCACAUCCGUUGACAAGGGAGAGCAAUUAUUUUGAGGUGUGUAUAGUGGACACUGGUGUGAGGGGAACAAUUGCAGUAGGACUCGUCCCUCAGUAUUACAAGCUAGAUCACCAACCAGGAUGGCUUCCACAUUCUGUUGCUUACCAUGCAGAUGAUGGCAAGUUGUUUAAUGGAAAUGGCGUUGGCCAGCAAUUUGGGCCCAAGUGUUUUACAGGUGACCGAAUUGGAUGUGGUGUCCAGGCAGAGUCGUUUGACAGGGGAAUGGCAACUGUGUUUUUCACAAGAAAUGGAAAAGAGGUAGGGUCUGUAGUUAUGGCCAUGUCUCCAGAUGGAUUGUUCCCAGCAGUUGGAAUGCACUCCCUUGGAGAAGAAGUACGCAUUGACCUUCAAGCAGAAUGGGGACUGGAUGAUGAUGACAGUGUCAUGAUGGUCGACAGCCAUGAAGAUGAAUGGGGCCGUUUACAUGAUGUUAAAGUUUGUGGAACACUCUUAGAAUAUGUCGGCAAAGGGAAAAGCAUAAUGGAUGUAGGACUGGCGCAAGCAAGACAUCCCCUCAGCACCAGAAGUCAUUACUUCGAAGUAGAAAUAGUUGACCCAGGUGAAAAGUGCUACAUUGCCUUAGGAUUGGCACGAAAGGAUUACCCAAAAAAUCGGCACCCUGGCUGGAGUCGAGGAUCGGUGGCCUAUCAUGCAGAUGAUGGCAAACUUUUCCAAGGAAGUGGAGUGGGAGAUCCCUUUGGCCCUCGCUGCUACAAGGGUGAUAUCAUGGGUUGUGGUAUCAUGUUUCCUCGAGAUUAUAUUUUAGACAGUGAUGCCGACAGUGAUGACUGUAUUGAUGCUGCAGAAGUCAAAUACAAACAGAGACGAGUGAGGAACAUCAUGUAUUUUAAUGAUGAGGAUGAAGAGGAUGAAGGAGAAGAUAUGGAGCAAGAUUAUGAUGGAAAGAAAGUAACGGUAUUUUUUACUCGAAACGGAAAGAUAAUUGGCAGGAAAGAAGCACCGGUGCCAUCUGGAGGGUUUUACCCUACUAUUGGAAUGCUUAGCAAUGGCGAAAAGGUUAAAGUCGACCUGCAUCCAUUGAGUGGCUGAGCUGUUCCCCCUUUUCUCACUGAAUGCAGCAAGCAAACGCAUGCUCUACUUCAUACUGCCAUCUACUGGCCAUAUCCGGUGUAGCCUGUAACUCCACAGAGGAUGCACAGCAUUGACUGUUAUAUUUCCCCAUUUUAUGUAACUCUGCUAUUCUGUUAGUAUAUUUAACAAACGGUUAUAUAGGGAAAGUUAUUAAUAUGAUUUAUUUUCACUUCAUUUUUGUUCCAUCCUGCUUCAAGACACUAAAAUUCCAUCACAACUUUCAAAUCUUUUGCAGUUACUAUAUUCAAAAACUAAUUAUUGAUUACCUCAGUAACACACACAACAUGCUGGAGAAGCUCAAGUCGCACAGCAACUUUGAAGAAUCAAGAAGGCCAGCCUUAAAGCUGUCUGCUUCUUUCCCGACAAAAGACCCAACCAGUUCCCCUCCACCACUGCCCUCCUCUGUCUAGUGGAACUGGUCCUCACUUUCAAAAAUGUCUUUUUUGGUUCCUCACACUUUCUCCAAACUCAUGGUUGUAACCAUGAGCUCUUACUACAUUGGAACAAUCCAUGUUCCAAGCUUUCCCUGGUAAUGUUCCCCAAAUCUGCUGUGUUACAUUGCCGACUGAGUUGUGCUGCUUCAUACAACCAUGCUGUGCUUUUCAAUUUUAUUAAUUUUGCCUCCCACUUUGCACUUAAAUUCACUUGGUCCAUUUCUGACACCUUUCUCUUUCAUGAUAUCUGUGUCUUCAUCUGUAGAGAUGAACUGUCUACCGAUAUCUUUUAUAAACCUUCUGACUCCCAUGAAUAUCUUGACUAUACCUCUUCCCACCCUGUCUCCUGUAAAAAUACCAUUUCCUUUUCUCAGUCCCUUCGCUGCAUCUGUUCCCAAGAUGAGGCUUUCCUUUCCAGAACAUCAGAAAUGUCCACCUUCUUCAAAGAACGGGGUUUCCCUUCCUCCACCAUUCAGUUUGUUUGCCCACUGUGGAACAAUGAGAACCACUCCAGCCAUCUGUGAUUUGUAGGGAUUGGACUGGUCUGUGGGUGCACAGGUGGCUGGAGGUGCCAAUCCACACUCAAAAAGUUCUUUGAUGGUGUGGAUAAAAGAUGGCAGACAUGCUAAGUUGGGGGUCACUGGCUCGGGCUUUCCUGGCCAGUCUAAGUCUCUCUGCUGCAGUUGUCCUUUCUGCCUCGUGUGUUGCUGCAUCCUUAUGGAGGGAGGAGCGUCACUCAACCCAGUCCUGGGCAAUAUGUUCCCAUGUGUCUGGGUUUAUGCCAAAGGCUUUUAGUGAUAUUUUAAGGCUGUCUUUGUAGUGUUUCCUUUGGCCUCUACUGGAAUGUUUUCCUUUCAGUAGUCCAGUGGUCACCAACCACCGUGUAGCAAACUGUGUGCUACCAGCCCGUGAGGAAACAAUAUGAUUUGGCGAUAUGAAAUGAUAUGAGUCACCUGCACCUUUCCUCAUUCCCUGUCACGCCCACUGUUGAACUUGAACGCACGCAAGGUCAUCAGUCGCUUAAACGCAGUGAUACUCUCGCACCAGGGAUCUCUGCUUGGCUUUGGGUAACCGGCCAGCUCGCGUGGCCAGCGAGAAGUGCCAUUGCUACUGGCCUGGAGCACGGACAUGUGGGCGCCACCUCUAAUCCUGUUUAGCACACUGAAAGUUUGCGGGGAACCCGGUGCUAAAAUAUUCUCAGACGUCCUAAUUCAGGCUCAGGGUUUCAUAAGUAGCAGAGCAGCUACCUCGCUGCGAUCUGAAAGUCAUCCCUCCAGCCAAAUUUUUGUCAGCCGAUAGAUCCUACCUGCCUACAAGGGGGGCGGGCACGCGUCCUGUCACACUGCUCCUCGCUGGGUCGGUCGCUCUCUCCAGACUGUGACCGCCGCGGCCCCAGUACGGGGACCUCCGGCACUUACCUAGUCCUCUCACUGGUGUGUUGUAAUGAUUUUAUAUGUUCAUACGAGGAAAAUAUGUGCUGUGUUUAAUAUCCAAACAUUACUUAAAAUGUUAUGAUGCUAUUGACUUAUAAGUGAGUUAUAAUUGACUCAUCAUUAUAUUCAUGCGAGGAAAAUAUGCGCUGUGAGCUUAAUAUUAAAUUCAUUAGAUAAACCCUUUUAGAAAUGAAAUUGAGUGUAUUAGCCUCUUAUAAGUGACUUAUAGUUGACUUAUCACCUAUAUUCCAGUCGUGAUUAACAUCCCCUCCCCCCACCCCCCAUCGGCCAGUCCGCAAGAAUAUUGUCAAUAUUAAACCGGUCCACGGUGCAAAAAAGGUUGAUGUCCCCUGCUGUAGUUCACCGUAAAGCAGUCUCCUAGACAGGCAAAGGUCUAGCAUUUGAGCUACGUGGCCUGCCUAGUGUAACUGAGACUGCAUCAGGAUGGUGUAGAUACUGAGCAGGCCCACCUUGGUAAGUACCUCAGUGGCACCAUAUGUUAAAACAUGGGCUAUCACCUUUAAUUUUACCAAAGAAAAAAAUGGCUGCAGUCACUUAGCACUUUAGUACAAGGGUGUUUAUUAGUUGCAUUAAUUAGUGAAAAUAGUGAAAAAAUACUAAUAUUUACAAAAAUAUAUCUACAAGAAAACACAAUAAUAGCUCCAGAUUUAAUCUUGUCCAGUGUGAACUCCUAGCCCUCGCCCUCUCCCUCUCCCUCUCCCCUCCUCGCACAUACCUGAUCAGCAGGACUGGUGAAGGGUCUUGGCCUGAAACAUCAACUGUUUACUCUUUUCCAUAGAUACUGCCUAUCCCUCUGAGUUCCUCCAGCAUUUUGUGUGUGUUGCUUGGAUUUCCAGCAUCUGCAGAUUUUCUCUUGUGUGUGAUUACAUGCCUGACAAUUUGGCCUUCUUGAGAGAAUUCACAGAGGACUUGUAACCAGCCUGCUGACAGUGAUAGAAAAUAAGUCUUACAAGAAAGUAACAAAGAUUCUUUGUUGGCUUUUCUCCCACCUCCCAAUUCCACAGAGUUACCCAGAGAGUCCCUUGAAGGGUUAGUCUCUGUUGCUUUGGAAUGACGGUCAUGAUGGCAUCCCCUUAUGGGCAUUGAGGUACUGCAGGGCAAGUCAGGCCCACAGAGAGUCCAUCCACAGGCUCGUGCUCUCGGACCCGUGUUCUGGUGUCUGGAGGAAGAAACUGCAGCAGCUGCUCCAGAACGAUGGCCUCACCAAUCUCCUCUUUGCACUGGUCAAAUUCAUCGGCAGUAAAGACCCUUCAGCUGGUGAUAUGCCUCAGUGGGUGACUCACCUGGUGGAAGAGUGCGGGAACUGAAGCAUUGGUGAUAGGUUUCUGCUUUUAUCAUAUUUAGCCAGCAAUGCCUCCCUCAGGUCAGGAUAGUUGUUGUAUAUCUCUUCCAUUGCAGUGUAGGCUUUGAAAGUUUUACCUGUCAUUAGUGGCACUACUUGGCAGGCCCACUUCUCCUCUGCCAUUGCUAUGUCUAGGCUAUCCUUUCAAACCUGAGGAGAUAGUUCCCAAUACUGUCACCUUGUUGAGAAGGAGGCAUCUUGGGACCCUUCCGCAGCAGAGCAGGGGGGUUGAAGGACUGGUCAGAUGGGGAGAUGGUUGACUCAAGCUGGGCAAUGGCCUCAACAGAUCUCUGCAGUCUUUGGCAUUCCUUUCUAAAAUCAUCUUCUCUCUGCUGGGCAGACAAUAAGUCUCUGACCAGAUAUAUUGGGGGUGGGGGGGGGGGGUGGUUCAGAGGUGAUGCCAUUUGGCCCUUCUGAUUUUGGCCCUGGGCUGAAGUUCUUUCUCUUCUGAGGUCCCUUCUGUUUCCCAGACAUCUGCUUCAUUUUUAGACUCUUUUGUGGGGGGGGGGGGGUAAGUUUCCUGACUUGGGACAGCAAAACCACUCUCCCCUUUGCGACUGACCAUCCCACUGCUGCCACCAUUUCCCAGGGAUUCUGUCUUGUCAAUGCUGAGGAGCUUUCUGACGCAGACUGUGUGGAAAUGGUUCAGUUUCUUGGCACGCUGUUGAUACAUUGUCCACGUUUCACAGAUGUAAAGCAAAGUGGCCCUAUACACCUUCAGCUUCAUAUGUAGAUUUAUGCCUCUUUUGUUCCAGACGUUGAUAUAAAGUCUGCUGAAGGCUGUACUUUGGUAAUCCUGGCAUUUACUUUAUCAUCAAUGAUAUUGUCUUGGGACUGUAUGCUGCCAAGAUAUGUGAACCUGUUUAAUGGGUUGAGUCUUUGACUGUUGAUUGUGAUGUUUGGCUCAACAUAUGAUUUCCCUGGAACUGGCUGAUGCAUUAUUCAGUCUUGGUGUUGAGGGUCAGCCCAAAGUUGGUACACACAUCAGAAAGCUUGUCGACAUGGAACUGCACAUCAUCUUUUGAACCAGCAUUAAAGGCACAGUCAUCAGCAAAAAGGAAGCCUCUGAAAUUGAACAGUUUCUCAUCAUGGGAAUCUGAUGCUGAAGCUUACAUCGCUGUCUCUGAAGGUGUCCACAGACCCUUAUUUCAGCGCAGAGCAUUGCAGCAAGCUGAACCAGCCUGUCCCUUGCCUCAGACUCCGUUAUCCUGACUUCUUUCAAUUUGGCCCUAUGCUUAAAUCGUCAUCCAAAUGCCGGUUCUGUUGCCUGGACACCGCCGCCUCAAUUCAGCCUGGCGCUUAAAUCAUUCAAACCUCAGGCCUUCCUCGCUCUUGGUAACAGGCCUGUUGCCUCACCUCGUCUUGGUUCUGCCACAUCAAAUUGCCUCCAAGUCCAAAGGAAUGUUACAGACUAUUGCUCAUGACAUAUUGCUAAGUCCUGACGAAGGGUCUCGGUCCGAAACGUCGACAGUGCUUCUCCCUAUAGAUGCUGCCUGGCCUGCCGUGUUCCACCAGGAGAACAGGUCAGCGCUUUGGUUCUGGCAUUUCUCGAGCAGCUACCUUGCAGUAAACAUGUCGAUAGUCCCACACUCUUUCCAAAAUCUGUCUGGUAGGAGACCCUAAUCAAGGUGUGAUAUGAUGGAUACUUGGGACAGGCGAAUGGUAGCUUCGUCGUUUAUAGUCAAAGGACAAUACAGGACACUGUUAAAGUGCUCAGCUCACCUAUGAAGAAUUUUCUCUUUGUCCAUGGUCAGCAUGUUCCCAUCAGCACUAAGGAGAGGGGAUGUCCUGGUGAUGUGGGACCAUAGAAUUCUUUUGGUGCAAUAUAGAAGUUCUUUAAGUCAUGCCUAUCUGCUUAUGCCUGGAUCUUAUCAGCUUUAUUACUCAGCCAGAUAUCCUGCAUCUAGCACAGUUUGUGUUGUAUAGUCCUUCAUAUGUUAUUGAUGGCAUCCUUCGCUGAGAUGGACUUGGGGUCACUGAGGAAAGCUUUGUGGAGACAAUGUUUUUCAUCCAGCAGUUUGAUGUUAACAGAGUGUUCAUCAAAAUUGUGCUUUUUGGUAGCAGGCCCCAAAAUCUCUGUAGUAGUGUUGUAGAUCAGUUCUCAAAGGAUUGAUCAAGCAAUUCCCACAUUCUGAUUGUCCAGAGGGGUGGAGUUUAAGCAACCUUCCAGAGUGCCAACAAAAGACUGCUUUAUGUUGCUGCUUUUCAGUUGUCCUAGGACUUUCUUUCCUUGUGGGUGUCUCUUGAGCUAGAUAUGAAUGUUCAGUUUAGAAAUGAUGAGACAGUGGUCUGUCCAGUAUUCAGCACUGCACAGAGAUUUUGUCACCCUUACAUCCCGUCUCUUUCCCUGACAAUGACAUAGUCAAUUAGAUACCAGUGCUUAGAGCAGAGGUCCAACCACAGUGCUUUGGUAUGGGUGGGAAGGUAGAAGACAGUGUUGGUGAUCAACAAUUCAUGUUCAGCACACCUGGAGUAGUAGAAGACCAUUGCUGUUGCAGCGACCAACAUUCUAUUUCCCAUUGACCCCAUCCCAGGAGGUGCCCUUCCUUCUUCCCUUUCUCCCAUGGUCCCUCUUAUCAUAUUCCUCCUUCGCCCCUUUGUGUUUUCCACAUAUCACCUCUGUGCUUCUUACUUCAUUCCCCCCCCCCCCCAGCACCCACCUGGCUUCACCUGUCACCCUCUACCCUGUACUGCUUCCUCACCCCCAUUUUCAUAUUCUGGCUUCUUCCCCCUUCCCUUCUAACCCUGAUGAAGGGUCUCAGCUGGAAAUGUCAACUGUUUAUUCAUUUCAAUUGUUCCAACUAACUUGCUCAGUUUCUCCAGCAUUUUGUAUGUGUUGUUAUGAAUUUCCAGCAUCUGCUGAAUCUCUUGUGUUAUUAAUGACAACUGCACAUCCUUAGCAUUUGCUAAGAAUACUCCCCAUUACUGUUUUCUCUCUGCACAUCCCCAGGGUGAUUAAACAUCAAUAUUAGAUGGCACAUUGUAAAAUAAUCUAUUUCCUUGUUGCUGUCUGCAAGCUGCUUUUGAAGGAAUGUUUUCAAGGAGCCUUCUCAUGGUUGUCAGUACAACUCUUAAACUUCUUGCAACAAGUAACCAAUUCAAUUAGUCUUGGUUUCAAUUCAAUAGUCAUCAGAGAGCAUACAGAUGUGAGCUGUCCUAUCCCCACACCAGUGCCUUACUCUCAUUACCACAAGGCUGGUAUUCCUGACCCCUUAUUAAAAUCAGUGAGUUUGUUACCAGCUAUCGUGAAGUAAGGAAAGACAGAAUUUUAAAAAAAUGAGAGUUUAUAGAAGCAUUUACAACUGGAGAUUUCUCUUCAGCAGUGGGAGACAAAAUUGCUUUAUGUUGGAAAGGUUUCUUGGCCCUUUCAAACUACUGCAAUUCCUGGCCACACAUUAACAGUUGCAUUUGCUGUGGCCUUGAGUCUUUUCAGAUUUAGCAAGUUUACCUAGGAGUAUAUUAGCCACUGCCAUUAUGUCUGACUAGUGCUAUCUGUAGAACUGAGAUAAAUACGUUACAUCAUGAAGUAGUGGGGAUGAGGUGGCAGGGUUGAAAUGAGAAGUAACCACUAACUCCAGCAGAGUUGGUGAGCAGUACUCUGAUUGCAGGGACCUUGGCUGAAUUCUCUACCCCGCUGGCUCAGGACAUUUAAUCAUUCCAUUGCUGUCGGGGUGAAAUCAGCUAACUCAGCGCAGAACAGAGGCUAUUUAAGCUCUGAGGUGUUUUGAGUUUGUGAAUAAAAUUUAUGUGAAGAGGCAAAAUCUUCAUUUAAAGCCGUUUGGUAUUAAAGUGCCUUUCAGAUUUAUUCUAGAUUAGGUUAGCAUACAUUUAAAAAAAUGCAACAGCAAAAUACUGCAAUAUUCACAAUCUCAUCCCACACACGUGUGCAAUAGCAGAAUAUUGGAUGGGAGAUGUGAGCUGAAGUUUACUUGCAUUGGGUGUGCCCUUAACAUUCAGGGGUUGCUUAAAGUUUCAUCCAUCUCCCUAGGCUUCCAGAGUGAUUUCCAAGUACAUCAUCUGUGACACAAAUAACAGGAUUUCUGUAAAAACGUGCACGGGUGAGUAAUAAUGGCAAAGCUGUAGCUGGCAGGAAACCUUUGGGCUCUGCUGGUACUUGAGGCAUUUUAAAACUAAUUGACCCAACCCCAUCGACCACUAAAGAAGAUGCAAGAGCAAUUAAAGAAUUCCAGUGAAUCCAGCUAAAGACUUAACCAUUUAAUUCACUUUCCAGAUCCCUGCCUUCCUUUGAAUAUCCCAUUUGCUUCCCCCGCUUGAGACUCUGGUGAUUUUGUCCCUUCAUAGGCUCCAUUUGUACUCUGGAGCCAUUGACAUUUUGUAAAUGUACUCCAUGUUAGAUCCUUCCAGCCAAGCAGCACAGAUGUUUCUUCAUCCAAUGGAGUUAGAUUUAAAGACUCCCCACGUAACCCUACCCUUUAUUAUGGAGGUCCCACAGGGUGAACGGAAGGCAACACUGAGCUGUUCUGCUUUAUUUGCUGUGUAUUAAAUGCAAUACACAUAUUAUUAAAUGUAAAGGGACUUUCGAGUGGCAAGUAUUUAAUUUUUAUGUAAUAAAACAAUUGAAGUUUUGAGUGAUUUCUGUAAAAAUACUGUAUGUCAAACUGAAAUUCCCUGAGGGGGCUAAAAUACUGAGUUCAAUUUUUUUUUUAAUUUAAUUUUUCUCCAACUGAGCAUUGAUAUCAUGAGUGGUUGUAAAUUGCUUAUUGAUUGUGGAUAUGUUAGACAAAUGUCUUGAUUCAACAGUCUCCUACCAGCUCUUUUGUACCAAUAUUCAACUGUGUGCACUAUAUUAUAUCAGAAGAAAUGUACAUAAUUCAGAUGUUUAUAUGCUUUAAUUAAAAUAGAUAUUUCCAUAAUGGUA